GCGCCUUUUGUGCACGGAUUUCAAAUACGAGGGAGCCACUGGCGGAUUUUUCAGUUGAGGAGUAUUUAACUUUUGCGGAGCGGGCGUCAGUCGAGAGUUAGCUCAGCGGCCAAAAGGAGGGAAGCAAGAGUCUGCUUUGGAUAACGAUAUAAGCAAAGAAAUCUACAUAUUGCACAGUGUGUAUGUUCCACUCCAAGGAGGUCACCAUGAAAUGCCCUCACUACAAGGCUGCCAUGGCCAGUAAUCUGGAGAAAAGCCCUGCUUCUGUGGCUGGUGCAGAGUCCAGGGUGCUUCACCUCAAAGCUUCCCCUGUAAAAGAGCCCAACCCAAUCAAACCCCAGUGUCCGUCGGUAGCGGUGACCACGGUGUUGUUUUCUCUCAAUGACAACACCAGAGCGGUGCACAACAAGGAAAACAGCUCCAGCAGGGAGCAUGAUGGGACUCUGGAUGAAGGGUUUGAGGACAGCGGCUAUCUUUCUCUGCACAACAGUCAGAUUGAUGAUUACCACGGAAGUGAAGAGGAUGACCACAUGCAGGAAAAACCCACACCUGCUGCUGCACAUCAAGAAAAGACAAUAUUACUAAAGAAAUCUCCCUCUAAAUGUCAAGGGAGGAAGAACUCAGGCCAUCCAGCGUCUCUGGUGACAUCUUCCUCUCCUGCGGUUUGUCAUAGGACGAGAGCAGCAGCAUACUCGCUGUCAUCCACCCCAUCGGAUCGUCACAACAACCUGCCGAUACUGAAGUUCCAGCAGGCUGUGUGUGAAGAGCUUGCAAAGAGCUAUAAGAAGAAUAAGAGGUAUGACUGGAGCAUCAUCACAAAGGUAGCAGAGGAUCAUCUGUUGGAUCGGGUGAUUGGAGGCCAGAUGGGCUGCGAAUACGUCGACAUGUUUUCAUCUCUCCUGUCCAGGAACAUGAGAAGCAUCCUGACGAACAUUCUGUCCCUGCUGGGAGACAUGGACCUCAUUAGCUGUAAGAAAGUGAGCAGGACGUGGAGGAAGAUCAUCUGUGAUGAUACAGCAGCUCUGAACAGGUGUCAACAAGCAGAGUACGCACUCAGGGAGUCAAGGAGCUCUCUGAGACAAAGUGCAGGUGGCCUGACAAGAGAUGUGGCCGUGUCGAGGGUGGUGCUGUCCUGCAUGCAGACCCUGGCCUCCUCAAGCACUCAAUCAUCUUUAUCCUCUUCCUCAUCCACCCCAAGCUGCAAGGUCAACAGACGGACGCUCCCUGCUCAGAAGAGCGGUACACCCAACAGCACACGCUUCAAUGAAUACAUGCAGGCCGCCAGCAAUCUGAAGCAGCAUGAGUCUUUGCGACCCUGCAGACGCUGCGGGUCACCAGCAACACAUACCACCGAGGUUCAGAGGGCCAAAUGUUCACGCCCAAGCUGCCUCUUUGACUUCUGCACCAUCUGCCAGGAGUCCUACCACGGCUCGACCCCCUGCAGAGUAGUGCAGCCCCGAUCCCACUUCUCCUCCACCAAGACCACACCAAUCAUACCAGGCAGCGCUCGCAGCAAAAGGAGCAUUAGGCGCCUGUGACGGAGCUAAACUGAGGUUUUACUCACUGGCUCUUUUAACUGGGCGGGCCUUGUCAGCUCUGUCAGCAGGGAAUGUUUUUAUACAAGCUGGAACUGGAAGGGAUGUUUGUGCACCGUGGCACUAAAACUCUGUUACACGCUGAACUCUGGCUCUGUCUGACCGAAUCAGCUGACUGACGCACUUGAUGAAACACUGCUGGGACAAUCAACCAGAAAGUGCCAUCUGGCUAAAACCCUUGUCGUCUGUGAGCGACAAACGUGCCAAAAAAAGAGAAAUGCAGUCUAAUAGGCUUUAAAUUGUAAAGUUUUAUUUUUAUUUUAAAAUGAAAUGGAUGUAUAGUUAUUGUAUUUUAAAUAGUUUUGUAAACGUUUUUUAAUAAAUGUUGAUCCUCUGGAGGUCUUAAAAUGUUCAUAUGUGCUGUAUUUGUAUUUUCUGUAAAUAGACGUUUCAUAAAACCUA